GAGAUCUAAUCAAAAUCUCUCUCCGAAAAUGUUAAAGACGGAAACGAACAGCAAGCAGUGAGCGAGGGGAGAGGGAGGGAAUGGCGAGCUUAAGUAGUAGUAGCAAGCCUAGAAACUUCGGCGCGUACAGUCAUUACUACGCCACUCCCUGCACCCGCACGCACCAGAUUGGAGCUCUGUUUCUUGUCGUCUCCACCUUCUUCGUCACUAGGCUUUUCGAUCAGUGGUCAUCGGAAUCCAACUCCGUUACUCCAGCUAUUAACAUCCACCGUACUUCUUCCUCCGGGAUCACGAUCGAUAACGACAUUCCACGGUGGCCGGAGCGAGGGUACGGAUCCCACCUCUCGCUGAAGAUCUACGUAUACGACGAGAACGAGAUCGACGGUCUCAAAGAGCUGAUGUACGGUAGGGACGGUAGUGUCAAAACCACCGCGUGCUUGAAAGGCCAGUGGGGAUCUCAGGUUAAGAUUCACAAGUUGCUUAUGGACUCUACGUUUAGAACGAGUAAGAAAGACGAGGCGGAUCUGUUCUUCGUGCCAGCUUAUGUCAAGUGUGUGAGGAUGUUGGGAGGUCUUAAUGACAAGGAGAUCAAUCAGACUUAUGUCAAGGUUUUGAGUCAAAUGCCGUAUUUCAGAAGAUCGGGUGGUCGUGAUCAUAUUUUUGUUUUUCCCAGUGGGGCUGGAGCUCACUUGUUUAGGUCCUGGUCGACAUUUAUCAACCGUUCUAUUAUCCUCACUCCUGAGGGUGACAGGACCGACAAGAAAGACACUACUGCCUUCAAUACAUGGAAAGAUAUAAUCAUACCAGGAAAUGUCGAUGAUGCUAUGACUAAAAAUGGAAAGCCUGAUGUUCAGCCUCUGCCUUUGUCGAAGAGGAAGUAUUUAGCUAAUUAUUUGGGUCGUGCGCAAGGGAAGGCUGGUAGACUUAAAUUGAUAGACCUCUCGAAGCAGUAUCCCGAUAAGUUGGAGUGUCCAGACUUGAAGUUCAGCGGAACUGAAAAGUUUGGAAGAACAGCGUAUUUUGAACAUCUGAGGAACGCCAAGUUCUGCCUCGCUCCUCGUGGGGAAUCAUCAUGGACUCUUCGCUUUUAUGAAUCAUUCUUUGUGGAAUGUGUUCCGGUUCUCUUAUCUGACCACGCCGAGCUACCUUUCCAGAAUGUCAUCGACUACGCCCAAGUCUCCAUCAAAUGGCCAUCAUCUCGAAUAGGCGCAGAGCUUCUUGAGUACUUAGCUUCAAUACCCGAUAGAGACAUAGAAGGAAUGAUAGCUCGUGGUCGGAAAAUCAGAUGUUUGUUUGUGUACGGUCCAGAUUCUGCACCAUGCAGUGCGGUUAAAGGGAUUUUAUGGGAGCUUCAACGCAAAUCCAGACAUUUCCAGCAAUCGACUGAGACGUUUUGGCUGCACAAUGGCAGUGUUGUGAAUAGAGAACUGGUUCACUUUAGUAGCUGGAGACCUCCUAUGCCUCUACCGUGAGUGUUCUUCAGGUUUCAACAUCCCCACAAGAAUCUCCUUGUUUUGUAAGGCCUUUACACAUAGUUUUUGGGAUUGUGAAGUUAACAUACUAGACGAAAUAUUUUGUUAGUGAAUGUACAAGAUCUUAUCUUAUAUAUAAUAGCAAACCCCAGUUUCUGUCUC